AUGGAUUCAAUUUCUGCACUGGCUGAGGUUACUGUAAGGGAUUCUGUUAUCUUUAAUAUCCCCUCCUACUGUUACAUUUCUAUUUCCAGUCUCAACUUGAAUGGCUCCCAGUAUCAAGGGAAGAUAUUCAGUGAGGAAUACAAAAUGCAGCAACUAAGAAGAAGUGUCUGUGUUAGACUCUGUUUGGGACUAAUUGUGCUCAUUAUAUUUAUCAGUAUGGCCUCAAAGGAUCUGAGAAAAAAGAUUUUGUUGAAAAGAGCCUUAUUAAUGUCUACAGAAUUACCUGUUGAAUCAUUUGAUCCUUCUGCCAUUGAUCUGACUGAAUUAGUCAGCCAAAUGAUAAACAGAACACUUGAAGGAGAUCAACAAUUCUUCUCUUUGCUGAGUGUCACUGCCCAUAGUUCUUUUGCACUUCAUAAAGUGUCAAUUCUCAUUUAUAACAUUUCUAGCUUCUGGAAAAUUGAUCCCUCUAUUUUCCCAAUGAGAUACUGCUACUGCUUAAACAACAGAACAAAUGACUUAACAGAUUUCACUGCCGUUGUAGUCGACUUUGUGGGGAAUACUACCAGCUUCUUCAAGGAGAUUUUUAAAUCUAGUUCCAUUCUCUAUGUGAGCAAAAAUGAGACAGAUUGCAUUUUCAUCUGUGUUAUGGCUGGUGUUCUGGAGAGAGAUAUGACCUCACUGUGGUUUACAGAAUCUCUACAUCCAAUUAUAAAUGAAACAUUCUACAACAGAAUAUCUACUACCACUGCAUCACCAACCACUUCUACAUUCAUCACCACAGUUAUAGAAGACCUCAGAAAGACGACAACCACAUUACAAACACAAUCUUCGACAGCAUCAACCCCUAAGUACGUACUUCAAUCUUCAAGCAUUACAGCCAGACCCUUGCAAUCACGCUGUGGAAGUAUUGCCAAGCAGAAAGAGGAGAAACCAACAACAGGCACUCAAAACAUGAAUCACUGUGUUCUGGAACUUUGCCGAUUCUUUCAAAGAUGUCUUUGUAAAAUUAUACGAAGGAGUCAAUCAAAGAGAUCUGCUGUAAGGAGAGGUGGCACAAGUUCCUUACAAAAUGCAGAUGAUAGGAGCGCAGCUGAAACUGCAGAUACAGUGGAAUGUAAAGAAUUAAACCUGCCACCUGACACUAUGUGA